AUGGCUAAAGCCACUCUGGGAAAGGCGUCUUCACUGACUUCCUAUCCAACCUAUGAAGUCUCCAUCUCGGGGAGCAAGGUGGUACUGACGUGCCCCAAGGAAUAUGACGACGGGGACAUCACGUGGGAGAAGAGUUUUCAAGAACAGAGGGAGAUCAAGACCGCCACCUUCACCAUAGACUAUUUCUCCGAAAUGGAGGACAAUGGCUAUUACAGAUGCUACAACGCAGAAAAUAAGGCCAAGAACCAUUAUCUCUACCUGCGAGCCAGAGUGUGUGAGACCUGCCUGGAGCUGGGUGUGGCGGAAGUGGCCACCAUCAUCAUCGCCGACCUGUGCAUCACGCUGGGCCUGCUGCUGGGCGUGUACCACUGGGGCAGGAACAGGAAAGCCAAGGCCAAGCCCGUGACCAGAGCGGCAGGCACCGGCGGCCGGCCCAGGGGACAAACUAAGGAGAGGCCCCCACCGGUCCCCAGCCCAGACUAUGAGCCCCUCCGGAAAGGCCAGAAGGACGUGUACUCGGGGCUGAACCACAGAGGCGUCUGACAGCUCUGGGGACCCCUCGCCCCAGGGCUCUCCUGGAUCCCCGCUCCUCCCAUGCCCUGGCUGAGGGACAAUUGUUCCUCUGUCUGGUGGGGAACUGCCCGCUGCUGCUGCCCUGCUGCCCCCUGUCCCCAGUUGCCUCCUUCGAGCUGGCUCCCCAUUCUGGACUGAGGUGCCUCCCUGUCCUCUGAGGCCUGGCCUCACUCCCCUCACACCUGUGCCCUCGGUCAGUGUCUCACUGUUACAUUGCCAUCAUUGUCACUGGCUUUGAUGUUCCCCUUACCUUCCUCCCCAGUCUCCAAAGCGCC